UUACACGUUUGUCUCUCUCCCUGUCGCCUUCAUCAAAAGCCCCUGAGAUAUGCAUGCACGUAGGCAUGUGUGUGUUUGUGCAUACGUGAGGUGUGUGCUGACUGACUGCCUGGCCGACUGACUGACCGUAGUGGCGCCCCCCCAGCCGACGAGAUGGGUCAUGUUCCGGCUCUUCCAGAACUUACGGUCCAAAUCCUGUGUGUGCACACACAUAUGCAAAUGCACAUACAUUGAGGAAGGAGGGACAGGUAUCUGCAUGUACAUAUGUACAUAUCUUACCUACCUGAAGUUUGCGGUCGAGGAUUCGGUAUGCAUUGCGCUCCACCGUCUCCGUCCGACCUGCACACACACAAUCACACACACAUCCAUAGGAUGUGUGUGUGUGUGUGUGUGUGUUAGGUGCACAGCGGCUAUGAUUUGCCGCUGUACGUCAACCCUUUUCACCUCAUCCCAUUCUACGGUACACUCACACACACCAAUCUUGCGUGUUUGUGGAGCGGUGUACCUCCCUUAGCACCGGUCGAUCCCGGUGUCUCCCUCUCCCCCCCGCUCCCGACUCCCCGUUCGCCGUACUUGACGCGCUGGUCCUCCAGCCAACCGGGGGUCAGAUGGUCGAUGUAACUACACACACACAAUGCAAUGCCAUCCAUCCAUGUCAUGACACACACAGACGCCCUUGGGUUGGGUGUCUGUCUGUGCGUUGCUUAUGUACGUACGUCCAGAGGGAUGGCAGCUGUAUGGGCAGCUCCUCUGCACGGCCGUCGAUCGCUGAUAUGUGCAAGGGCUGUGGGGGCGGGGGGGAGACACACACACACGGAUACGCACACACACACACACACAGAUACGCACACACACACACACACACACAGUGACGCGCGUGUGUAUGUGUGUUCUUGGCGGCGUCCCUGAGCAUGUCUCUCUGCCGUGUGGACUGCCGCGAUGGCGGGGCGUGCAGGUACUUGGAGGCCAUCGUAGGAAAGGGCGCCGGCAGGUCCUUGUACGCCAGAAGAGGCACACCCAAUGGCUGCAGGGAACAUCGAUAUAUCAGCAU